AUGUCGAACGCGGAGGAACUCUUGAGAGAUUUUGAGGAGGAUGACGAGGAAUUCCAGGCCGGUGAGGAAAUCGAAGAAGAUGUCGGCGAAGAGUUGCACCGGCCAGCGACGGAGGUCGCCAACGAGUUUGACGUCGCCGUGUCGACCACCGACGAACUCACACGCCUUCACAAGAGUCUCCGAGACCAUUACUCGAUCAGAUUUCCAGAACUAGAAACUCUUGUUACGAAUCCUAUUGACUACGCAAAAACCGUUGCCAUCUUGAAAAAUGGUCCCCUUAACGAUAUCAAGGCUCUCUCGUCCUCGGCCGAUAAUAUGGUCGGCGCGCCACUCAAGUCCAUUCUGGACGGUCCCUCGCUCAUGGUUGUCACGGUGGAGGGAACGACGACGCGUGGACGCGAAAUGACAGAGGCCGAGCUCAAGGUCGUGCUGGAUACUUGUGAGAGGAUUCUCAAGCUAGAUCGCGAGCGGACGGCGCUUACGCAGAGCAUUCAGUCGCGCAUGAGCCAGAUUGCGCCUAAUCUUGCAGCUUUGAUAGGACCGGAGACUGCAGCCCAGUUUCUCAACCAGACGGGCGGGUUGAAGGAGCUGGCCAAGAUCCCAGCGUGCAAUCUGGCCGCGCAGGGCUCCAAGAGAUCGGAAGGGUUAGGAUUUGCUACGAAUAUCGGUAUCAGAUCGCAGGGCUUUCUCUACAACUCGCCCAUCAUUCAAGAUAUUCCAAAUGAUCUAAAGAGACAAGCAAUCCGAAUCGUCGCGGCUAAGAUGGUUCUGGCGACUCGGGCGGAUGUGGCCAAGUACAGUCCCGAUGGUUCAUUGGGCGAGGAAUUGAAACAACAGUGCUAUCAACGCUUGGAAAAGUUGACGGAGCCUCCUCCGAACGCUGGUACGAAGGCGCUUCCGGCGCCUGACGACAAACCUUCGAGAAAGCGAGGUGGACGGAGAGCGAGAAAGGCCAAGGAAGCAAUCGCUAUGACUGAGCUACGGAAGGCGCAGAACCGGGUCGCAUUCGGCAAGGAGGAGGCAGAAGUCGGCUAUGGCACCGGCGAAGGCACCGUGGGUCUGGGUAUGCUGGGACAGCAGGACGACGGACGGAUCCGGGCGACGCAAGUAGACCAGAGAACCCGGGCCAAGCUCAGCAAGUCGAACAAGGGCUGGGGAGCGGCCACCCCGGUCAGCGGGACGGCCUCUUCUCUGCGUGGGUUUGGUGCGGGCGCAGGCGCAGGCGGCACUGCGAGUGUCCUACAGGCCAAGGGUCUACGAACUUCUGGAGUGGGUCCUUCAUUGGCAGGCAUCGCCGGCACGGCCAGUACGAUUGCCUUUACACCCGUGCAGGGCCUCGAGCUGGUUGAUCCCAAAGCGCAAGCCGAGCUCCAGCGGAAGCGCAAGGCGGAGGAGGAUCGAUGGUUCAAAUCAGGCACAUUCACGCAAGUGGGCGGUCAGAGCAGUAGUACCAACAGCGGUGCGAAUGGCGGGUUCAAAGUGCCUCCACUGCCCGCAAGGAAGAAGGUCGACACCGGCGAGGGCAAGAUGGCGCCACCUCCGCCGCCCAUGAAGCCAUAG